AUGUCGACAAGUGGCACGACAAAAGAAGAAACCUCAAGAGGAGUAGAUACGUCGUCUCCUGAUGAGGUGGAUGUCAAGGAGGAAGACUGGGGACUCAUCAUAUUCAUUAGGCAACGACAUUGUACAGUGGUAGUCCAAGCUAAGUGCCGCAAGUGUUCUUCAGCUCAUAAGUCCAAAUCCCGGCCUGUACCAUCUCCUCGCCUGCCGCCUCCUCCUUCACCAGAUAAAAAUUUUCCGGGAGCAAUUUUUCAUGUCACAGAGUAUGGAGCAGUGGCUGAUGGAGAGACAGACAGUACUUCAGCAUUCUUAACAGCCUGGGAAGCUGCAUGUGACCAUGGUGGAAGCUCCACCUUUUACAUACCAGAGGGUAAAUUUCUUCUUGGUCCAAUAACUUUUAGCGGCCCUUGCCAUAAAAGCCAGCCUCCAAACGUUCGGAUAAGAGGGACUCUGCUUGCUGUACCUCAUCUCAGUGCCUAUCCUGCAGAUGAUUGGAUUGUUUUCAAUAAUCUUCACGGUUUCAACCUCAUUGGUGACAAUGAUGAGGCCAUUUUAGAUGGCCAGGGAGGUCUAGACGCCUGGAAACAGGAAAGCUGUGUGCAGUCGGCAAAUUGCGACCGGUUGAUUACAUCGGUGAAAUUCAACAAUGUUUCAAAUGGAACUAUUAGCGACAUUACUGUAACAAACAGCAAGGCCUUCCAUAUCAGUUUCAAUAACUGCGAUCAAAUGGACAUGUACAAUGUGAACAUUAAAGCUCCUGGGGACAGUCCAAAUACUGAUGGUAUUCAUUUUCAUGAAUCCACCAACAUCAACAUUGUUUCUGCUGAUAUUGGAGUGGGAGAUGACUGUGUCUCCUUUGGACCCGGCAGCAUCAACAUCUCUGUUUCUGAUAUUCGAUGCGGUCCAGGCCACGGAAUCAGUGUUGGCAGCCUUGGCAAGUACCAAAAUGAAGCAGAUGUGGUGGGAGUCGUCGUGAGAAACUGCACAAUCAGUAACACUCAAAAUGGAGUGAGGGUAAAGACCUGGCCUGGAUCUCCGGAAAGUGUCGCAUCCAACUUUACAUUCGAGGAUAUUGUCAUGAUCAACGUCUCAAACCCCAUAAUUAUAGAUCAAGAAUACUGUCCAUCGGGUAGCUGCGAAGAUUCUGGGCCGUCUAAAGUGAAAAUAAGUAACAUGUACUUCAAGAACAUCACAGGGACAUACAACACACAAACUGGGGUAAGUUUGUUAUGCAGUUCUGGGGUUCCUUGCGAGAACAUUCACCUGGCUGACAUUAAUAUGCAAUAUAUCAAAAGGGAAACUCGAGGCCAAGGCCAUUUCAAUGUGAAGGGUGUUGUUCAUGGACUAGAAAUAUUAACUUCCAGUUUCUAAGUUGAAACUUAUUUGUACCAAACAAUUGGGAGGUUGGCCCUCGCAGCCCCUUUGGUUA